GUUUAAACGUUUCGAUAAGGAAUAAUGAAGUUCAUUUCUUUACUGGCACGAUUUCGGUUUUGCAGAAAUGUCAUCUCCAGAAAACGUUUGACGUCUCAUCGACAAUUUUAGUUGGUUCAUCCGGACGUUGGUUUACUAUACACUGCUACUGAGCUCAUUCGGUUUGGUUAGGGCAAAAACCACGAUAGUUUGUUCCAGUUUCAGUUUGGAAAGGACAGGAGGCUUGAUGGUUUGUGUUAGUCCUGACAAUUACGGCCUCUCAGUUGAUCCAUCAUCAUUUUGAAAGGGUUGACGGAUGGAGCCUCAACCACGUGCCGAGGUAAUGAGUUCCACUCGUUGAUGUUUUGAUGGGAAAGCCGAUAGUCAGCUGACAAGUAAUUUGUUCUGGGCUUGUGAACGUCUUUGGAGUGUCCUCAUCUGACUAUCCAUCUACUGCCUAAGUGGAUUUUUCAGAUACAAUCAGUGUUACUUUUGAGUUUCUUUUCUUUUUUGUUUCUAACAAAUACACUUGCCUAUGGUAAUUAAUUAAAUCUGUUUGGGAUUUGGUAAAUAUAUUUAUACAACUAUUAAUCCUAUUCUCAUGAUUGCUCAAAACUAUUUACAAAAUGUUCUUACGCAAAAAGCUUUAUUUUUAUUGGUUCUUUCGGUAAAUCUUAUACUCUGCGUUUUAAAAAUCAAUGACUAUAUUCAUAUAAAUGCGUGGUUUAUGUUUAUGCCACUUUGGUUAUGGAAUAUUCUAGUGUUUUCGGGUUCGCUCAUUUUAUUCCUACUUAAAUCUCUCAAUUUAACCAAAUUCUGUUUAUUCUUUUAUGUUUAUCAAGUUUUAAUACUCACAUUUCAAAUAUUUCUAUGUAUUAAACUAGAAACAAAUGCAUUAAAUUGGUGUGUAGUCUUUAUACCAAUCUAUUGUUUAUGCGUUUUAGGAUUUUUGACAUUCACAAAAGCGUUUUACGAGUUAACUGUUUAUGAUUGUGAAAAAUUCCUUGCAUUAAAUCUUCCAUGUGUCAUUCUAAUUGCCUUACGUUUAGAUAAUUAUAUUAAUUGGACAUGGGUUGUAGUGUUAAUACCAUUCUGGAUCAUAAUGGGAUUUUUGAUUGUAUUGCUGUUAUUCUUAGUUUGUAUGUUAUGUGGAUUGAGUCGUUUCACUCAGAAAGAUCUUUAUGAUGUUGUUUCAAUGAUUGGAUUCACAUCAAUCGCAUUUACUUUUCUUGUAUUCGUUGUUCUUCUGGUCUGCCGAUUAGAUAACAUUAAACUGUUCACAUAUAAUGAAAUAUUCUUACCAUUAUUUAUUUGUAUUUUGUUUUUGUUGAUUAUGACGAUUUCCACAAAUUGGUUAGUCAGUAAAUUUUGUAGAAAUAUCAAUGGUUCCGAUGGAGGAAAUUGUUUAGUGGAAUAUACCUCUAGAUCUCGGUAAGCUUUUAUCAUUGUAGUUAAGGAAACAUUUUGAUUUACAGAUUUAUUAGUACACUGUUAAAAUAGUUUAUAUUUUGGCAAUGAAUACAAUUUUAUCACAAAACGGUUGUAAGGCAUAUAUCAUUACUAGUCAAAGGUUGCUGAACUUUAAAAGUCAAGCACAUAUCAGCUUGUUCAAACUUUAAGCUGUAGAUUGCAAGUGAAAAUCACUGGCAAUAUAAUGCUGAAUUAGCUGAAGUGAAGUUUUAAAGAAUGAACAAAUACUGAAGGUGGAGUGCAUCAAUCAUCAGGUCGACAUCUAACAACCAUCUUUUCCAUUCAGGUGUUUAAAUGAGCUGUUAACUUAAAAAUGUCUUUGGAUGCUUCAUUAUUUCAUAAUUUUCUCUACUGUUAAUCUCAUUUUGCAAGGUAAAACAUAAAGCAUAGCUAAUCCUAUUGUUUAUAUAUUGGCUGUCAAAGAUGGUUCUCGUUAUGAUUUAAAUAAUAUGCGGGUAUUUAAAGUCGUUAUUUCUGAAUGAGACGAGAUAUUAGUAAGCAGAGUAAACUGCAUACCUAUGGUUUUAUAAAUCUUGAGGAAUAUGUAUGAAUAAUGCUGUACACAGAGGAAUCAAGUGUUUUUCUACAAAUUGUGCUUACUUCCAACUUGGAAAAUAAAGGUUAUCAGCAAAUACUUCGUUGGACCCUAUUCAAGGAGGAAAUACAAAUGUUGCUAAUAUAACUGUUUCACGUGACAAGUAUUCAGAAGUUCAUCAGAAUCUUACAAAGAGAACUGCUUCUGAACCACUUGAAAACAGUAUCGAAACAGUUAUCUCACCCAAUACAGAUGCUCCUUGCAGUAAUUUACUAAUCAAAGAAAAACAUUUUAUUCAUUCAAAUAAACUAAACCAACCUAUGAUUAAAGAGAACUCUUUAUCACUUCCGGAUUAAGAUACCUAAAUCUAUUGACGAUCGCGUAUUGAUUUUACAAAUAAUAUUCUUACAUUUGUAAUCUCAAAUAUUGCUUAUUUCUUAACUGCAAUUGUAGAGGACAAUGUUAUUUCACUUUAAUUUGUAAAACACGUUUUAACUUUUUAUUAUUUUUCUUCGUAAAAGACAUUUAUUACAAUGAAUGUGCUUAAUUUGUGUUCAGAUUAAUAGAUUUUGAACGAUUUUUUAAAUCGUUAUUCAUGUCUGUGAAAUAAGUGAUCAAUUCUGCUUUUUAUAAUGUUCAUUUGUAACUGAUACAACAUUGAAAUAAAUCCCGAGAAAAUGUUUUAAAAAAUCA